AAACCACACAGCAGGAGCACAGAGGACGUCCAUCCGCGUCUUUCAUAGUAACCGAGCCACAUACCCAGCCGCACUCCUUAACCAGGGCACCGGCGGCUCUCACCGAUCAGUCCCGGAGCUGCGCCCCGCUCUGCCGCUCGCCUGCCAGCCGCUCCGCGCUCCGUGCCGCUCCGCCCCGGGUCGGUCCGAUCGCUUCCCCCUGGAGAGCAGUUUCUUCCCUGGAAGCUGGAUGAAUUAUUGGAGAGUUGUGAACAAGUGCGAGAAGACAGCUGAGGCUCGGGAUCUGCCUCACCGCUCCGGCCAGGGAACACGACACUCCGCCAGAGUUGUGGACGAUAAUGGAGGGGACGUCCCUGUAUCUCCCUAUUGUUAUUUUACUCAUGCAAUGUUCCCCCUCUGCUCCUGUCACCGUGUCAACCAACCAACACAAGGUGGAGGUGCACGAGUUCUCAGAUGCGGUGCUGUCCUGCACGUUCCGCACAGAGAGAGACCCGAACCCACGCAUCGAGUGGAAGAAAAAGGGGAAAGAUGUGUCGUUUGUGUACUUUGAUGGACACUUCAGAGGUUCCUUUGAUGGCCGGGCGACCAUCAACGGGGCCACGGUGACGCUGCAAAGGGUGACCCAGGAGGAUGCUGGGGAGUACCGCUGUGAGAUCAGUGCUCCUCAUGACACCGUCAACCUGGGCGAGACCAACGUCACACUCAAAGUCCUGGUGCCCCCACAAAUCCCAUCCUGCGAAAUCCCCAGCGGGGCAGUGACGGGCUCAGUGGUGCAGCUGCGCUGUAGGGACCAGCAGAGCAUCCCACCUGCUACAUACUCCUGGUUCAAGGACAACCAGCUGAUCAAACCGCCACGCCACGCCAACGCCACCUACCUAAUCAACUCACACACAGGAAUACUGGAGUUUAAAGCAGUAGCCAAAGAGGACACCGGUCGAUACAGCUGCCAGGCCUCGAACGGAGUGGGACAGCCCAAGAAGUGCGAGGGCAAGCACAUGACGAUAGAGGACGUCAAUGUCUCUGCUGUAGUGGCAGCUGUGGUGGUGGUCUGCCUGGUCAUCAUCAUCUGUGGAUGCGGGGGACUCCUCUUACACCGUAAUGGUUUCUUCAGCCCAGGACACAGAGGAAGGUCAUUUUGGAUCUCCCAGUGUCACGGUGCAGCCCACAUCAGCAGCCAAACCCUGCACAGAACUGAGGACACGUCCAAUGUCAACUACAUCCCUCCGCCCCAAGAACCCCAGGACUUCAAACACACCCAGUCAUUCAUGCUCUGAGAAGCUGGCCUUCCUGUGAGAACACAUCAUGAUAAGGUGCCAAACACUGGAUUUAUUUGCUCUCUGGACUCUGAAUGAGCUCUUGAUCUUCCAAUACAUGCUCAUUUCAAUCUCCCUCUUCCACUCCUGUCGGAUGGCAAGGCUUCUUCUUCUUCCUCUCUUACUUUGCGUUGUGUGGGUCACCUCAGUCAUUGACGUUUUUCUGCUCUCAUGGGAUUAAGUUCAGUUUAGUGGCGCUCUGCUCCCCCCUGGUGACCAGAUGUUGAAUUCAAGAUGAUGUUUUCUGAAUAGUCCAGGGACUAGUUGAGCUCUCUACACACUUAUAUUCUUCCCUCUGCAGGUCAAUCAUUUCAACUACCUUUGCUUUUUCUUUUGGUUUUUUUACCAAAGACUGACUGUCUAAUUUAAAAGAGGGGAUUCUGCUUAAAGCCAUAGAGAAAGCAUUGUUGUCAAUCUACUCAAAUGCAGUUUACCUCAGCAUCUGCCAAUGUUUUGUCUAAAGUAAUACAGGGGCCCCGGCUUCCUGAGGGGCCCCACAAGAUCCUCAUGAUCUUAGUAACGAUAAAAAAACAGACAAAGCAAGUCGAGGCGAACAGGAAGCCACUCCGGCCAAUUCUAUUGAGACCAACCCCGUUCCAUCCUAAUGUGCCUGCAUGGUCUUUUUAUAUAUCUACAUACACAUAUACAUAUAAAUAUAUAUAUAGAUAUAUAUACCUUGUGCCUUUUUAAUUUGUCUGUCAUAUUUAUCUAUGGAUCACACUUUUUUGUAAAGAACUUGCCUUACUUUUUUCUGUCUUUAUAUUUUUGUGCCACUGUUUGUCAAUGUUUUAUCAAAAUGGAGUGUCUGUUUUUAGACGGUGUGUGAAUGGAUUGUUCAGAGUUUUAUUUGAAUGGUGUAUCAGUAAUAAAAUGGUUUUCUAUUGAAAAGCA